AUGAAACCCUCGGCAUAUGCUGCCCUUCUUCUAGGUCUUGUUUCUGCGGCCCUCGGCCAAACGCUGGCUCCGUCUCCCACCGAGUCUGUCGGGUGCACCCCUCAUGGAGACCAUUGGCACUGCGAGGGUCCUCGCGUAACAGCCACUGAAACUGGUGCCGCUGUUACCACCACUCCGGUCCUUGAUGAUCAUGGUGACCACGACCAUGAUCACGACGAGGAGGGCCAUCACGACCAUACCGACCACACCGAGGGCCCCAGCAGCGUCAGCCUCGCCCCUAGUCCGACCGAGUCUUAUGGGUGCCACCCGCAUGGCGACCACUGGCACUGCGAGGGUCCCAGGACGGCCCUGAGCUCCGGCACCGGCGUAACCACCCUCGUGACUACCACGUCAGCUGCUGCUUCGAGCACUCCAGAUGCCACCGACGGUGCCGUCUCGAGCACCUCCGUUGUCCCCGGUGCUGCCCCGACCAAUGCCCAAGCGGUUGGCCUCGGCUUGGCCGGUCUCGUCGCUGCUGCUUUCGUUGCUUUCUAA